GUGUCUGGUACCUAUGCAGGCUGUUCUCAGGAGACAAGCAGGAAGAAAAUGAAGCAUCUGAUCUUCUUCCUGGUUUUGUUCGUCAUUUCUGGAGUAGGAAGCUUUGAUCUUGUUAUCGACGAAAUCCCAGAUGAAGUGGAAAACCUGAUUGACCUGGAAAUCGAUGGAUUUCCUUCAAGCUCCAAGACAAGAAAUGGCAGGUACCAGAGAAGCACAUCUGACUGGGGGUAUGUUGGAGAUCUGGUGGAGGAUGAUGACAAGAUAGGUCUUUACAGCUACAAAGUUCAAUCCACUAUAACGUCACGGUUGGCCAACACAAUGAUCCAAGCCAAAAUGGUGAAUAACGCAAAACGAUCCCAGCACAUAGUGUUUGAUGUACAAGUGCCCAAAGGAGCUUUUAUUGACAACUUUACUAUGGAUGUCAAUGGUAUAUCAUUUACCAGCAAAAUUCGGGAAAAAUCUGAGGCCAGAAAAAUGUACUCUCAAGCAAAAGCCAAAGGCAAAGCUGCUGGAAUAGUCAGGAGCAAUGCCUUGGAUAUGGAAAACUUCAAAACCGAAGUGAAUGUACCCCCAGGGACGAGGAUCCAGUUCGAACUUCACUACCAUGAAAUGAUUCGAAGGAAACUGAGCUCCUAUGAGCAUGUCAUCUCUGUGAAGCCAGGACGCUUGGCAAAGCACAUGGAGGUGGAUGUCCGCAUUAUUGAGCCACAGGGACUUCGCUAUGUGCAUGUUCCUAAUUCCUUUGGAGAUCACUUUGAUGGAAUCACCACCAUCUCCAAGGGAGAGAAAAAGGCUCAUGUUUCUUUCAAGCCAACGAUGGCUCAGCAACGAAAAUGCCCCACGUGCUCAUCCACAGCAGUAGAUGGAAAUUUUGUGGUGCAAUAUGAUGUGAACAGAGAAACCACGGGUGGAGAAUUGGAAAUUUUUAAUGGCUAUUUUAUUCACUUCUUUGCUCCGGAAAAUCUUGAUCCUCUGCCCAAAAACAUUCUAUUUGUUAUAGAUGUCAGUGGCUCGAUGUGGGGACUGAAAAUGAAACAAACCAUCGAGGCCAUGAAGGCAAUACUGAGUGAGCUCCGUGCUGCUGAUCAGUUCUCCCUUAUUGACUUCAACCACAACGUCCGAUGCUGGAGAGAUAAUCUAGUCUCAGCCACCCCAGCGCAGGUUGAAGAUGCUAAGAAGUACAUCCAGACAAUCCAUCCCAACGGGGGCACAAAUAUCAACGAAGCUCUUCUCCGAGCCACAUUCAUCCUGAAUGAAGCCCAAAACUUAGGCAUGUUGGACCCUAACUCAGUCUCCAUGAUCGUAUUGGUGUCGGAUGGAGACCCAACAGUAGGUGAGUUAAAGCUGACGACGAUACAGAAGAACGUGAAGCAGAGCAUAAAGGAUGAAUUCUCUCUCUUCUGCCUUGGGAUUGGAUUUGAUGUAGAUUACGAUUUCCUGCAGAGAAUUGCAACUGACAACCGUGGCAUGGCCCAGAGGAUUUUUGGAAAUCAGGAGACUUCUGCCCAAAUGAAGAAUUUCUAUAACCAGGUCUCCACCCCGCUCUUGAAGAAGAUUCAGUUCAACUACCCCCAGGAGUCAGUGUCAGACGUCACCCAGAGCAGCUUCCACAACUACUUUGGUGGCUCAGAGAUAGUAGUGGCUGGGAAGGUCGACACAGAAAACUUGCAGCACUUGGAAAGCAUCGUCACAGCGACAGCAGCAAAUGCAGAGCUCGUCAUGGAAACCCUGCGAGAUGUUGAAGAACUGGAUGGCUUCAUGAAGAAAGACAGAUACGCAGAUCCCGACUUCACUAGGAAACUGUGGGCCUAUCUGACUGUCAACCAGAUGCUGGCAGAGAGAAACACAGCUCCCACUGCAGCUUUGAAGAGGAACAUCACCAAAUCCAUCCUACAGAUGUCUCUUGACCAUCAUAUUGUUACCCCCUUCACAGCCAUGCUGAUAGAGAAUGCUGAAAAGGAUGAGAUAAUGCUGGCAGACCAGCCCAAAGACCCCAGAAGGGGCUGCUGCCCAGGUACCCUAGGAUUAACUCCAAAUGCACCUAAUAAUAACAAAGGUAUCCCAGCCUGGGCCAAUGUCACAGCCGUACCAGUCAGCUUCAUGCCUGAGCAAAGGAGUCCUCCUGUGUCCUCUCUGAGCAUAAACAGAG